AGAUGUCUUAUCUAUAUCACACAUAUCAGGAGAGUCGCUCAUUUGGCAGUCAUCCGCCGCACCUCGCAGUCAUGGAAACUCGCACCUGAAAAUGGAGACAGAGACAAUAAUAAUAGUAAGCGUGUUCGGUGGGGCGUGGCUGUUGCUGCUGCUGUUGGUAGUGGUGCUGUUCGUGCAGGUCGCCAGUCUGCGCAAGAGGCUGGCUGACAUGCAGGCCACCGGUCGUCUCAGGGUCCAAAAGCUGAAGAUGAACCCCGAUAAGAAUUACGCAUUCAACAACCCAUCGCUAGUGCCUGAUGAGGAGCUGUCGCGACGCGGGUACUCCAUGUAUGUGGGCGCUGAAGAUGACGUAGAGAGCGGCCGCCCUGCAGAGCGGCAGACGGGCGGGCAGUUCGUAGAAGAGCUGACGCGCGAGCUGGACCACAGACAGCAGCGGAGAGCCAACGCGCCGCCCUUCCUGCUACACAGCAUAGAGGAUAGCAAGAACAGGGCCUUCAGCAAUCCUGUGGCGUCGCGCGGCAAGCAGAGCGAUACCAACCCUAACUUUAUAUACUAAAACUGACUUAAUUCCAAUCAGGGAUAUAAAAAUGUUCUAUUUGUUUUUCUACCACACCCAGAAUCAUGAAAUGGUCUCUAAGGAAGUCUCUUAAAGUAAAUUAAAUAUGAGUAAUAUUCCUAUACCGACGGUUUACAUGAUUCUGAGUGGCAGUUAGGCAUGGUUUUCAUUUUGAUUGUAAUCGUUUAUGAAAAUAAUUUUAAAAAAGUGACAUGCUGUGACUUUGGACCUAGUUUAUCCUAAAUUCGAAAACUCUAUGGUACAUAAACUAUUACGAAUUGUAGAUUAUGUGUCAUAGACAAAUGAAAGUUUUAAAUUAUCUAAGAUUUGAACACUGAGGACGCAUAAUAGUGUUCAUUUACUAGAUAAUAAGAAAAAGUUGAAUUUAGGAUAAACUAUGGUUUAAUAUAUUUGUUAAUAACAAGUUAGGGUUGAAGUUGCAAGAAAUUACGAAAGUUGUCGAACAAUAAUGGAAUUAUCGGUCGCGCAUACAAAACAAUAAACCAAAGCCGCGUGUGAUAAUGCAACAAAAUGUUUUCCUUAAUUUUCAGUUUGUAAAAUUAUGCCGAAAAUAAUUAGCUUUAAGUUGCAUUAGUGUAAGUUUAUGUUAUUUAUUAAAUUAAUUACUUAAGUAUUUUU